CUAACCGGACUUUCCUCCGGAGUGCUACCCACAGAGGAGGAAGUAACACCGGAGGAUUCACCUCUCCUCUCCGGGGGGAAAAAAAGACAAACACUCCCACUUUUUUUUAAACCCUUCCAUAACUUCUUGUUUUAAAAACAACUUUUGUAUUUUUGAUUUGCCCGCAUCUCCGCAACGAUGUCCGUCCAGAGCAAGAAGACCACCACCACCACCUCCUCUUACCGGACCGUGAACGUGGCCUCACCCGAGCCGGUGAGCGGCGGCACGGUGCUUACCGCGACGACGACCGGGGCGGCCCGCUCGCCUUCCCCGGUGCAGUACGCCGUCAACGGCAACUACAGCACGCUGCGCUACCUGGUGCCGGUGCAGCCGUCAGUGCAGCAGCAGUCGUACGUGCUCGUCCAGCAGCCGGCCGUCAUGCAGCAGAUGAUGUCGCCCGUCUACCUACAGGGCGCCCCCCACUUGAGUGUCAGCAGCCUGGACUCGGAGCUCCUGUUCCAGCAGAACACGGAGGAGGAGGACGAGGAGGCGGUGGAGGUGGAGGAGGUGGAGGUCAUCAACAUCAUACAGCAGAAGCCGCCGCCGGCUAUCGAGAAGAUUUCCCGGACGGAGGUGAAGACCGACCUGAGCGAGGCCACAAAGAUGGACACGCGCUACUUUGCCGCGCUGCUGGCCGACGUCUACAGGAAGAACUGCGACAUCCACUCCUGCAUCUCCGAGCACGUGUCCAAGAUCAGAGGACAGAAAGUGGAUCUUGGCAUUGAUCAAGGGGACGACGUGGAGGCUCUACUCCCUAAAGGAGCCACUGAACUGACCAAACAGCAAAUCCGCUACCUCUUGCAGACACGCCUGACUGCGGAUAAGAGCAUGCGUCUGUUGCUGUCUACCUUCAGCAGUCUGCGAGAGGAACUCCUCCACAUGUCCGAAGACCUGCGACGUUUGGAGAGCGAGAAGGAGUCUCUGGAGCGAGAUCUUGCCUUCAAAGUGGGUCAGGCUCGUCAGUACGAUAGCCUCUUGGAAGCGGUCCGCGAAAACAACCGACAGCUUCAGGUGUCUCUGAAGGAAACCACCGCCUCCCAGCGUUCCCUGGAGAGCCAGCUGAUGAGCGCCCGCAACACCGACUCAAGCCGCGACUUCCAAAUGCGAGAGCUGGAGGGACGCAUCAGGGCUCUCGAGAAGGAGAACGCGAUGCUCCGACAGAAGCAAUUAGGCCAAUCCAGUAGCACCACGCUGCACAUCAAGACCGAGGAGCUGUCGCGUCAGUUCGACGAGCAGCUCUUGACCAUGAAACAAGAGAAGGACCAAGAGAUCCAGCGGCUGCGGACUCAGAUUACGAGGCUCCAGACAGAGAUCACCACGGAGAGGUCGUCGUCCGCGUCGGAGAAGACCCUUCAGUUGAAGAUCUCGGAGUUGCUCGCCAUGCUGGAGCAGCGGCAGACCACCAUCACCCGACAGGAGGAGGAGAUCCGAAAGUUGAUGAUGGACAAAAAUGACAGCUCCAAGACCACCAAGACAAUCAUCACUAAAAGGUACAGGAACCAGUACCCAAUUCUCGGCCUGCUGGGUGACGACUACCAGACGACCUUGAGCUCACCUAUCAGCGAAGACAAGACCAUCGUCAUUGAAAGAUCCGGAGAGAUUAUUAGACGGGAAUGAGUGAGCAGUAAGAACAACGUGAGGAUCACCCGUGCCGUCCACUCCAUCCAUUCCGUAGGGUGGCUUUAUGUGGGAACACAUCUGAUGAUUUAUUUUUAUACUACUAAUACAACAAUUCUGAAAAUAUUAUUUUGCAUUGACCAAUAAUGGGCAAACACUCCCUCACUUUUCCCCCACAAAGCCAGGUGGAAUUGUCACUGUAAAUAUUGAAAUGUAUAUAUUUGUGAGGUGGUUUAGAAAAAAAGGGGAGCUCUGCUUUGCUUUUAUUUCUUACGCUCGUGUGUAAUCGUGUUUUAUUUGAGGGAGGAGUGCGGGGAUGGAGGUCCUUAUGGUUAUAGAGUUUUACGAUGGUUUUUAAAGCACAAUAUGAUGUCGACUGUUAUUUCUUUGCGUGCUCGCUGUGGAGUGAAUGCUGUUUGUCCAGUGGGUGCUCAUCUACAGCCUGACUAGCAUGGGACGCUAACCAAUUAUCACUCAAAUCCGCCUUGCAAAAGACCUUAACUUUGAUCACUCAGUCUGACAUUUCACAAAUGCUCCAUGGUAGCUCGCUAAUGCUAAACUAAUCCACGUUUCCACCGGCAGACAAUUCGGCCCGCUAUGACUCGGUACUGUAAACACAAACGCGAUAGUGUAACUAGCGUGUCGUUAUAGCAGUCUCACCUGCCAGUCAAGAAAUGCGACAAUGUGUCUGGCUCCAUCCUUUUGGUACCACUGUACUUGGUAGCACCAACAGGAAGGAGCCAAAAAGUAGUAGCACACAAAUUUUGGUAUCCUGAGCAACUUUGGACACCGGAAGGGAUGGCAAUCCUACAUAUUCCCCGGACGUUGCUUACGAUUUUCCAUCGAAUGCAUGCCGUAAGCAACGAAUGGUGAAUUAUUUUGAAAUGAGUAGGAUCUGUUCAAGGCCUGGAAUGUCAGGAAUUUGGCCAAUUCAGGAGGGUUUUGCCAUUUUAGCAAUGGAAAAUAAAAACUAAAUAAAAUGACUUACCGUACCGAACCGUAGUGCUCGGUGGAAAUAGCGCUACAUGCUAACAGUAGGCUAAGCUAAAUGAACUGGUUGUAGCUCCAGUAAAUCUGCGAAUAGAAGAUCUGUGUUCAUUUUCAUGUGUUUGUAAGUUGUUUUGGAUGGCUAUAUUGCAUCGUUCACUGCUGUGUUUGGGAAUAAAAACAAAACUUCA